CUUCUCGCUAUUCAAGCAAGCAGCGUACUAUAAUAGUAAUUCAUUUCAAAAUGUCGUACAAGCUAGUAGUGUAACAUGAGAUAUCUUUCGGGAAAGCUGCCAUGUUUCCGAAGAAUCCGCGAUUUGUAUUUUCGAUCGUUUUUUGUGGGUUUUUGAUUGAUUUUGGUGUUAGUUGGAGUGAUGGGUCGCGUCACGGUGAAGUAACAAAGAGGACCGUAAAGAAUAAUAAAGAAGAAGAAAGAGGUUCCAGAAACCAGACUGAUCUCACCAAAAACAAAUCAUCCCAUAUUAUCUACCAACCGUUUCAAUUUCAUCUUAAAACCAAAACCCACGUACCCACCAGAAGUACCAAAAAACUAAAAGGAAAUGCCAUUCCAAACCAAACAGCCAAAAAAGUUCCUAAAAAGCAAAUAAAAAUUGAUCGAGAUACUUUGACCGAACAAAACCAAGAAUCAAUUCCAAAUCCUAGUCAAAAAUUCGGCCUUGAUCUUAAUAUUGGUGGUUCAAAUGGAAAAAAAGGUAAAAAAAAUCAACAAUCUUUCAUACAAAGAAUUCUACCGUUGAUGGUGACGCCAUUUUUGAUAUCCUCGGCAAUGGUACCAAUGAUGUUGAUGUCAUUAGUUCAUAUGUUAGUGAAAAGCGCUUUUAUCGGUAAAAUCGGGUUGAUCCUGAUGAUCAUAAACAUGUUCUCCAAUAGAAGGAACCCCGGUGGAGUAUCACAUCAUUCCCUCGAUACAGGGUACGCCGGAAAUGAUGUGGCUAUGGCGCACUAUGGGUGGCACGGGGACGAAGAGUACGGUGCCUAUGUAAAUAGAAAAAGACGAAGAAAAUAGCGUGGAAAUUGUGAAUGUGUAAUGAAGAAUAAAAAUAUUCGCUGGUAGUGAAUAUUGUUACUAAAGAAUUACAUGAAAAAGUUUCUGAUAUAUUUAAUAAGAUUGAAAUGUAAAGAAGAUUGCUUUUCUUCUAUAAACCUCUGCUGAAUAUCAAAAAAUUAAAUCAAACUUGUCUCACCCUGUAUCUCAGUAACGAAGCACGCCUAUGGAUUUUUUUAGUUUAAUUCCCACCCUUGCUGCGUCACAUUUUUGUUUUAACUAAGCAAAAAUAGUAAACUGUUUAAUAUAUUAAAAUAUCGACUAACAUACAGAACGUCUCAUCUGAAAAAAAUUGUUUGUAGUUUUUUUUUGUUUAGUUAACUGAUUUGAUUGCAUUUUAUAACC